AUUGAUCAUAAAUUUGUAUUAAGUUAGCAUUAUUUAUCACUCGUGGUCACAAAAGAAGUUUAACUGUAAAGCAGAUUUCAUCAUCUUUUCUAAAAAAAUAUUUCCGCGAGUUUAUACGAGAAUUAAAGAUUAAAAGUUAUAAAUUUCUCUUCAAACAUGACUGAAGAAGACGCAAUUUUUGAUCCAUCGCUUGUUAAAAAGAAAAAGAAGAAGAAGACGACUUUCGAUAUUGAUGCAGUGUUGGCAGAAGGCGACUCCCAAGAAACUUCAAGUCCAGUUACCGUUCAGGAAACAGAUCCCGAUAAUAAUGCUGCUGAUGGCAUUGAUCUUGACAAUGAUUUAGAUCUAGAGAAUUUCGGAAAGAAAAAGCGUAAAAAGAAGAAGACGGGCUUCAAUCUCGAUGACUUAGAUGCUGCUUUGCCAACAGCAACGGAUGAAGUUGUUCAAGGAGAAAGUGAAUUUGUUCUCGACGAUGAAAGUGGUGCUAUCGAUGAUACGUUCGAUUUGGGAAUGAAAAAGAAAAAGAAGAAGAAAACUGAAAUAACAGAACUUCUAAAAGACAACAAAGAGAACGAGGAACUUGAAAAUGUAGAAGAUAACGCAAUCACAUGGGCUGGUUCAGAUCGUGAUUAUACGUAUGAUGAACUUUUACAUCGCGUUUUUGACAUCAUUUCUGAGAAGAAUCCUGAUAUGGCUGCUGGUCGAAAACCCAAAUUUGUCAUGAGACCUCCACAAGUCCUUCGUGUUGGAACAAAGAAGACUUCAUUUGCAAACUUCACAGAAAUUUGUAAAACUUUGCAUAGACAACCGAAACAUUUAUUGGACUUCUUAUUAGCUGAAUUGGGAACGAGUGGCUCUGUCGAUGGAAACUCCCAGCUUAUCAUCAAAGGUCGUUUUCAACCAAAACAAAUCGAAAAUGUCUUAAGAAGAUACAUUAAAGAAUAUGUCACCUGUCACACCUGCCGAUCACCAGAAACAAUUUUACAAAAAGAUACACGAAUUUUCUUCCUUCAAUGCGAAUCAUGUGGUUCAAGAUGUUCAGUUGCAAGUAUCAAAUCUGGUUUCCAAGCAGUCACAAGCAAGAGAGCAGCAAUGCGUGCAAAAACUGCAUAAUAAUGAACAACAGCAAUCAAAUAGUUGCGAUUCAUUUCAUUUCUUAUUUUGCUUUUCUUUCUCUGCUAAAAACAUCAAAAAUUUAAAUGUCAAAUUUGUUUUUUCUUAUUCAAAUUAGCGAAUGGAUUAAUUUUAAAACUUUUAUGUUGCACUUAAAGGUUUUUUUCUUCUUAAUUGAAUAAAUUUGUCAUUAAACCUUAUAUCAAUUUAUCCUAAAUAAAAAAGUUUAAAAGAUGAAAAUGAAUAAAGAAGAAAUAAAGUGAAGAAAUAAGU